AUGUGUUUUUCUGAACAAUUCACCGAUUCAGUGGCCAUCAUUUUCGAAUAUAAAGUCAUCCGUGGAGGAAACAAUGAUGUGGAUGUUAAAGUCACUUCGCCCAAUGGGAAAGUUUUAUACAAGCAACUUAAGAGGUCUUCGGACAAGAUAACCAUGGACGCUUCCAAUGGAGAAUUUAAAUUCUGCUUCAGCAAUGAAUUCUCAACGUUCUCGCACAAAGUGAUCUCCUUCAGUUUGCAACCAUUCGACCCGAAGUCUCUUUCUGAGGAAGCUGGUGGGCCGCAGGUACCAACGGUUAAAGUUGCCGCUGAAAUCUCCAUGGAUGUAAUCCACGCCAUGAUGACGCACGUGGUCGACUUUCAGAGGAGGUAUCGACUCAAAGAGGCGCUCGGCAGGCACUUAGCGGAGAUGCUAAAUAAACGAACCACUUAUUAUUCACUCGUCCAGGCCUUUAUCAUACUGGUAACGGGAUUUGGACAAGUUUUCAUCUUCAAGACAUUUUUCACCGAAAAGAGAAAGUCGACGAAGCUAGAAAGUGGAGAACAGCUAAAGAAAUAA